AUGCCCAUCCUCAAGCAGCUGGUGUCCAGCUCAGUGCACUCCAAGCGCCGCUCCCGCAUGGACCUCACGGCCGAGAUGAUCAGCGCCCCCCUGGGCGACUUCCGCCACACCAUGCAUGUGGGCCGGGCUGGAGACGCCUUCGGGGACACCUCCUUCCUCAACAGCAAGGCUGGUGAGCCGGACGGCGAGUCCCUGGACGAGCAGGCCUCUGCCUCAUCUUCCAAACGCAGCCUCCUGUCCCGGAAGUUCCGGGGCAGCAAGCGGUCACAGUCAGUGACAAGGGGCGACCGGGAGCAGAGGGACAUGCUGGGCUCUCUGCGGGACUCGGCCCUCUUUGUCAAGAACGCCAUGUCCUUGCCUCAGCUGAAUGAGAAGGAGGCUGCGGAGAGGGGCUCCAGCAAGCUGCCUAAGAGCCUGUCAUCCAGCCCUGUGAAGAAGGGGAGUGCCGGGGAGAGUGACGUGCAGGAGCGGGGUGCCAGAGAGGGGCUGCCCCACCGCAACGGGGCCGGGGGCCCCCACUCGCCUGACCCCAUCCUGGAUGAGCAGGCCUUCGGGGACCUCACCGACCUGCCUGUGGUGCCGAAGGCCAGCUACGGGCUGAAGCACGCCGAAUCCAUCAUGUCCUUCCACAUCGACCUGGGGCCCUCUAUGCUGGGUGAUGUGCUCAGCAUCAUGGACAAGGACGAGUGGGAGCCUGAAGAGGAGGAAGAUGGAGGUUAUCAUGGCAAUGAGGGCCCCAGCAGUCUUGCUGCCCCAGCUCCUCUUCCCACCUCUGCAGCCCUUCCGCUGGCCCGGCAGGAAGCCAAGGCCGGGCUGGACUCUUCCUCGCUGCCCCCCCACGCGCUGGAGGAUGAGGGAUGGGCAGCGGCCGCCCCCAGCCCCGGCUCGGCUCGCAGUGUGGGCAGCCACACCACGCGGGACACCAGCUCCCUGUCCAGCUGCGCCUCGGGGGUCCUGGAGGAGCGCAGCCCCGCCUUCCGGGGGCCGGACAGAGCCCGGGCCACCCUCCCGAGGCAGCCGGACAAGGAGUUCUCCUUCAUGGACGAGGAGGAGGAUGAAAUCCAUGUGUGA